AUGGCAGACGAGGUUUACGACGGAGCGAUCGGUAUCGAUCUUGGCACCACAUAUUCCUGCGUUGCCAACUAUGAGGGAACCAAUGUUGAGAUCAUCGCCAACGAGCAGGGUAGCUUUACCACUCCCUCAUUCGUUUCCUUCACCGACAAGGAGCGCUUGAUCGGAGAGUCUGCUAAGAACCAGGCUGCUAUGAACCCAAAAAACACCAUCUUCGACAUCAAGCGAUUGGUCGGACGAAGAUUUGAUGAUCCAACCGUAAAGAAGGAUAUUGAAUCAUGGCCCUUCAAGGUCAUUGAUCAAGAUGGAAGCCCUAUGGUUGAGGUUGAGUAUCUCGGCGAGAACAAGAUUUUCUCGCCACAGGAAGUUUCUGCUAUGGUUCUCGGCAAGAUGAAGGAGGUCGCCGAAGUAAAAUUGGGCAAGAAGGUCUCCAAGGCUGUCAUCACUGUCCCAGCCUACUUCAACGACAAUCAACGUCAAGCUACCAAGGAUGCUGGUGCCAUUGCCGGUCUCAACGUCCUCCGAAUCAUCAACGAGCCUACCGCCGCUGCUAUCGCAUACGGUCUUGGUGCUGGAAAGUCCAACAAGGAGCGAAAUGUCUUGAUCUACGAUCUCGGUGGAGGAACUUUCGAUGUUUCCCUUCUUAACAUCCAGGGUGGUGUUUUCACCGUCAAGGCUACUGCUGGUGAUACUCACUUAGGAGGUCAAGAUUUCGAUACCAACCUACUCGAUCACUUCAAGAAGGAGUUCACAAGAAAGACCAAGAAGGAUAUGUCUGGCGAUGCCCGUGCUCUCAGACGUCUUAGAACCGCUUGCGAGCGUGCGAAGAGAACCCUCUCCAACGGUGCCCAGACAACUGUCGAGAUCGACUCCCUCUUUGAUGGCGAGGAUUUCAACGCCCAGAUCACCCGUGCUCGUUUCGAAGACUUGAACUCCAAGGCUUUCAACGGCACUUUGGACCCGGUUGCCCAGGUCCUGAAGGAUGCUAACAUCGAUAAGAGCAAGGUUGACGAAAUUGUCUUGGUUGGUGGAUCCACCCGUAUUCCUCGGAUACAAAAGCUCCUCAGCGAUUUCUUUGACGGAAAGAAGCUUGAGAAGAGCAUCAAUCCUGAUGAGGCUGUUGCAUACGGUGCCGCUGUCCAGGCCGGUAUCCUCUCUGGAAAGGCCACCUCCGCCGAUACCGCCGACCUCCUCCUCUUGGAUGUCGUCCCACUCUCCCUCGGUGUCGCCAUGGAGGGAAAUAUCUUUGCGCCCGUAGUUUCUCGCGGACAGACUGUGCCCACAAUCAAAAAAAGUCCCAGAACCUUCACGACCGUCAGUGAUAACCAGCAAACUGUUCAAUUUCCAGUCUUCCAGGGUGAGCGUGUGAACUGCGAGGACAACACCUCCCUCGGAGAGUUCACUCUUGCUCCAAUCCCUCCAAUGAGAGCCGGUGAGGCCGUCCUCGAGGUCGUCUUCGAAGUCGAUGUCAAUGGUAUCCUCAAGGUCACCGCCACCGAAAAGACCUCUGGUCGUUCCGCAAACAUCACAAUCUCAAACUCUGUCGGGAAGCUCUCAUCGAGUGAGAUCGAGAACAUGAUCAACGAUGCCGAGAAAUUCAAGAACAGUGAUGAUGCUUUCAGCAAGAAGUUUGAGGCCAGACAACAACUUGAAUCAUACAUUUCAAGAGUUGAGGAGAUUGUCUCCGACCCAACAAUGUCCCUCAAGCUCAAGCGGGGAACCAAGGACAAGAUUGAGACUGCACUUAGCGAUGCCAUGGCUCAGCUCGAGGUUGAGGACUCCACCUCUGAUGAUUUGAAGAAGAAGGAGCUUGCGUUGAAGAGAGUUGUCACCAAGGCCAUGUCCACCCGAUAG